GGGUUAGGCUAGGCACGGACGGGUCGACCGUCCAAUCACCACGCGGGUGGUCUGGUGGUCAGCCGGCGAUGGCGGAGGCGGCGACGGGGGCGGUGCGGGUGGAGAGGGUGCGGGGGAGGUCGGCGCUGACCCGCUGCUUCGCCAGGUACCCGCUCAAGCUCAUCGCCCCGUCCAAGGUGGGGCCCUCCUCCUGCGACGCGGUCUGGCUCUACGCCCUCACCUACGGCGGCGGCAUCGUCUCCGGGGACACCGUAUCGUGCACGGUUAGCGUCGGCGACGGGUGCACGGUGGCGAUCACCACGCAGGCCUCCACCAAGGUGUACAAGGCUGUGGGUUCAAAAUGUUCUGAACAGUUGCUAGAGGCCAGAGUUGGGGAAGAUGCCCUGCUUGCUGUUAUUCCAGACCCUGUAACCUGCUUCUCAACUGCUCGGUACCACCAAAAGCAAGUUUUUCAUGUCUCUGCCAAUUCAAACUUAGUAGUUGUAGAUUGGUUUACAAGUGGCCGUUAUGAGAGUGGAGAAAAAUGGGAUUUUAGCUUCUACAAAAGUGUGAACCAUAUUUUCUUGGGAGAUCAGCCUCUCUUUAUUGACUCGACUUUGUUGGAACAAGGCUCGACUUAUAGCAUUGUUGAACGGAUGCAGGAGUACAAUGUGAUUGCGAUGGUUGUGUUACUGGGGCCAAAGCUGAGGCACAUACAAGACAAGAUGCAAGACGAAGUGAAGAAGCUGAUGUCUGGGCAGCUGCGCCCGCCCACAUCCGGCGGUAGCCUCUACACCAUGAGAUCACAACUUCCCCAGCACCCACAAAGGCCUCAACUUGUCGCCUCUUGCAGCCCGUUCGGCCGCACGGGAACAGGCAUGGUUGCUCGGGUAGCCGCAGUGAACACAGAGCUCGCGUACAGCUUCUUGAGACACCGUCUAGCCGAGCUGGAGCCGUUCCUAGGCGCUCCCCCUUAUGCCGCAUCAUGAAGCUGACAUAGAGGCUUGAGGAAGCUGGUGAAUGCUGAUGCUGAAAGGAUCCCUGGCCUCCAGUUUGCAUGCAUGUGGAUGAAGCUGCAAACUGUUGGAUAUUGUGUGUCGUCAUUUUCAUCUCAGGUUUGUCAGGAGGCCAAUUGUAAUUGUAGAAGAACUUACAUGGUUGCAGUGAAAAUGUUGCAACUCCCUGGGUGGAAUAGCGUUGCCUGGACAUGACAGCGUGAAGCAGACGCGUUUCAUCUGUCAUAAUAUGGUAAUAACAUAAUCUGGAAAAACCAUUUUUGUUGCAGAACAGAGGGUUU